CUAACAUCGAAGAAUAAUAUUCUCCCAUUUUGGCAAUGUGUCAGAAUCGUAUGGCUAGAUUCGUGAUUAUUUUUCGAAAAUAAUCAUAUUGAAUAACCGAAUUCAUUGAUGGAAUAAUCGAAUAUAACUUUGACGACAUUCAAAUGACUUUAUCCAUGUAAGUUUUGUCUAAACAAUCAUCUUUAUGCAGUGCAUACAUCACCGACUCAAUGAUGAUAAUCAUGAUGAUAAUAAAGAAAUGAGUUUGUAUAAAAAAUUUAAAUCAUUUCAUGAUAAGAUUCAUCUUCAUUGACAAUUGAAUUCAUCACAUACAUUCACAUCCAUCCUCAUCGUCAAUGAAUAAAAAAUGUCAUUUGAAUCAAUCUGUUCGGAAUCUUGUCGAUCGGAAAUCGACAACAAUCGACUGUUGCUCAUCUAUUCAUUGGAAUUGAAUGGAUUUAAUGAAACGAAAUUAUUUCGUUGUGAAAAAUACAACCGAAUACGUUUUAUGGUUGGCUCAUCAUUGUAUGGACGACAAAUUAACCUCAAAACCAAUUAUACCGAUGAUUAUACCCAGUUUAACAGAACUAAACUCACAGAAAUUGAUAUUGGAGAAAAUCUUCAAUUAAAGUCUUCCGGAUCAUUUCAUUUUGUUUAUGUGGAUAAAAAUGAUAAAACUGGUAAAGUGCUCGGAUCUUUUUUCAUUGUCGUCAGUCCCGAAAUAAUCAUCAGAAGAUCAAAAGAGCCAAUUAGCUUAUCCAUAAAUGCAUUGCAAUGUCAAACGGUUUUGUCCAAAUUAAUGGGCCCAAUCGAUACAUGGAAAGAUAAACUACAGGUAUCGAUUCAAUGUAAUUACAAUAUGAUACAUUGGACUCCUAUACAAACGCUUGGUGGAUCUAAUUCAGCUUAUUCGUUAGCUGAUCAACUUCGAUUAAAUCCAUUGUUUCGUACUGAAGCUAUGAUCAACGCAAAUGAAGACUGUACCAUUGAUAAUGUUUCCAAAUGUAUCGAAUGGUUACGACAAGAACAUGGUGUUAUUUCCAUUAUUGAUAUCGUGCUUAAUCAUACUGCCAAUGAAUCACAUUGGUUACAGCAACAUCCUGAUUCGGCUUAUAAUUGUCGAAAUUCACCAUGGCUACGGCCAGCUUUUCUUCUUGAUCGUAUGUUAUACAAUGUCACCUUAGAUAUUGAACAUGGCUGCUGGAUUGAUCGAGCAAUCACUUCAGAUAUUCAUAGCCUUGACCAAUUGGAGAUCAUACGAAAUAUAAUACAUGAACAUUAUCUGCCUUCACUCAAAUUGGAAGAAUUUUAUCUUUGCAAUACGUCCGUAUUGGUGGAAAAAUUUGAAAAAUUUCUUACAAAUUUGAUUUAUGCAAAUUGUGAUCCUUCGAACUGUGAUUCCGAUCAAAUUCAAUUGCCACAAAAAAAUUGUCAUGAUAAUUUCGCUGAAAUAUUCUUGGAACAAGAUCCACAAUAUCGUCGAUUAAGUUGUACGGUGGAUAUGGACAAUGCAUUUAAAUUCAUAACAAAUCAAAUUGAUUACCAACCCACUCGAGAUUCGAUUGGAACUUGGAUGGACCAAGCCAUCUCUCGUUUUCUACAGCAAUUGAUUCAAUUGAAUGAUCAUAAACGUCAACAGAUGGUCCAUCAUAUUAAUUCGGCAAUCGAUAAUGUAUUGAAAGGCGCACAAUAUGAACGAUUCGAUCCAAACGGACCCAAAGUGACUGAAUUAACCCGUAAACAUCCGUUGACAACGCAAUAUUUUACCGAUAACAAUGACGAUUUUACCGGCGAAAAAAUGGCCGAAAAUGAAUCAAAACUGUAUGAUGAUUCGAAUUGUUGUUUCUAUAUGGCUCAUAAUGGUUGGGUUAUGGGCGAUGAUCCACUAAGGAAUUUCGCCGAAAAAGAUUCUCAAGUUUAUCUUCGUCGGGAAUUGAUUUGUUGGGGUGAUUCAGUCAAAUUACGUUAUGGCCAAAAUGCCAAUGAUUCGCCAUUUUUAUGGUCAUAUAUGGAACGUUAUGUCACACAAAUGGCAACAGUUUUUCAAGGAUUACGAUUAGAUAAUUGUCAUUCAACUCCAAUUCAUGUUGCUCAACAUAUGAUUGAUGUGGCUCGUCGUGUUAAUCCAGAUCUUUAUCUGAUAGCUGAAUUAUUUACAUCGAGUGAAGAUUUGGAUAAUAUUUUCGUUAAUAAAUUAGGAAUAAAUUCUCUUAUUCGUGAGGCAAUGUCGGCCAGCACUCCAUUCGAACUUCAGCGUCAGGUUUAUCGUUUUGGUGGUCAACCAGUUGGUUCAUUUAUACCAGAUCUUAUAAAAACAGGCGACACAGAAGAAAUACUUUAUUCACGGCCAAUGAUACCAUCCGUAACCCAUGCAAUUUUCUUUGAUCAAACUCAUGAUAAUGAAUCACCGAUUGUUCGACGAACCGCCUAUGAUCCAUUGCCAAGUAGUGCAUUGAUUUCAAUGACUUAUUCAGCAACCGGAUCAAAUCGUGGCUACGACGAACUAGUACCACAUCAUAUUCAUGUUGUCGAUGAACAACGAUCAUAUCUUAGCUGGAAUGAUGAUCCAAAAAUGUGUGUGAGAUUAUCGAAUGGGAUUUUACAUGGAAAACAAGUUCUAAAUCAUCUCCAUUAUAUAUUGAAUUCACGUGGAUAUUCCGAAGCUUUUGUUGAUCAACGUGAUAGAGAUACAAUUGUCAUAACACGACAUAAUCCAGUAACUCAUCGAUCGAUUGUUCUAGCUGCUCGAACUGCUUUCUAUCCCAUCGAUCAAAACUGUAGCCAAUACUUGGCACCAUUAAAUAUUGAGGGAAAAUUUGAGAAAAUUUUAUUCGAAAUUCAAAUGAUCAAAUCCACUGAUGAUGAUGAUGAUGAUUUCAAACGAGAUGAAAAAUUUAUUAAUGGCCUCUGCAAUCUUCAAUCACUUGUCAAUUUGAAUGUAGAAGGAACUGAAAGUGAAAUGGUCAAAGUGAAUGGAAACAACAAUGAAGAGAACAUUUUCAAUAUAAUAGAGUUUAAAAAUUUUCCACCAUCUUCAGUGAUUGCCUUCAGUUUCACAUUACUUCCUCGACAAAAUGAUGCUUUGAAUUUCAUCAAAAACCAAAUAAAUCAAUUUGAUUUGAUUGAUAGUGAUAUCAAAAUUGUCAACAAAUUGAACCUCAUUGAUUUGAAUUACAUUUUGUUUCGAUGUCAACAAGAAGAAUUUGAUGAAAAUUCCAGUGGCACUUAUCAGCUAUCGAAUGGUCCACUAGUCUACAGUGGUCUGGCAGGCAUCAUGUUUUAUUUGGCCAAAAUUCGCACCCAUAAUGAUCUUGGACAUCCACUGUGUGAAAAUUUACGUCAAGGAAAUUGGCUAUCAAAUUAUAUUGUCCAGCGAUUAGCCAAACGCGCUCAAACAAUGGAUUUGUCCAAAUGGCUGGAAAAAGCUUUCGAAUCAUUAGGCCAAUUACCACGAUAUCUGAUUCCACGUUAUUUUGAUUCGAUUCUUUGUCCAUUAUGGACAAUGUUAUUGGAUAAAAUUCGAAUGCUACAUUCGGAUUUUGUUCGAAAUGGCGAUGAAUUCGUUCGCCGAUUGACGUUGGGUGGUGUCGCCUUGAUUGGUUCACAUUCUCCUUCGCCAUUACCCCCAAUGCAUCCUUCAGCAAUGUCAAAAAGUCUGAACUCAACCCAUCUACCGACAAUGGCUGCAGGAUUACCACAUUUUAGUACUGGAUAUAUGCGAAAUUGGGGUCGUGAUACAUUCAUCUCAUUGAAAGGAUUAACUUUAUUAACUGGACGAUUUAUUGAAGCUAAAAUUAUUAUAUUAGCCUAUGGUGGCUGUCUACGUCAUGGUCUGAUUCCUAACCUAUUGGACGGUGGAAAUAAUUGCCGUUUUAAUUGCCGUGAUGCUGUAUGGUGGUGGCUACAAGCCAUUAAAGAAUAUAUUCAAUUAGUCCCAAAUGGUCAUUCGAUACUUAAUGAAAAUGUUUAUCGAAUUUUCCCUCGAGAUGAUUCGCUGGCUUCAUUAACAUCAAAUAAUGAACAUAAAAGUCUAAUUGAACCAUUACAUCGUACGAUGCAAGAAGCAUUGAAUAGACAUUUUAAUGGUAUUGAUUUCGUUGAAAGAAAUGCUGGAACCGGAAUCGAUGCUCAUAUGACCAAAAAUGGUUUUCACAUCCAAAUUGGUGUCGAUCGUAGCACAGGAUUUGUGUAUGGAGGCAAUCAAUGGAAUUGUGGAACAUGGAUGGAUAAGAUGGGUUCAUCCGAUAAAGCUGGUAAUCGUGGACGACCAGCAACACCAAGAGAUGGCUCAGCUGUCGAAAUUGUUGCAUUGUCACAAUCAGUGAUUGAAUUUUUGGCAACAUUGCAUCAGAAUAAUCAUUAUCCAUAUGAAGGUGUAAGUUCAACUGAUGAAUCAUGGACAUUUAGAUUUUGGAGUCGAAAAAUUUGUGAAAAUUUUGAAAAACACUUCUAUGUCAGCGACGAUUGCAGCGAUCAAUAUGUGAAUCGUCGUCAUAUUUAUAAAGAUACAUUUGGAUCAACAAUUUGUUGGAUGGAUUAUCAAUUGAGACCAAAUUUUUUGAUUGCAAUGACUGUUGCACCCACAAUGUUUAACAAAUCAAAUGCAAUCAAAGCUUUAGAUAUUGUUUCGAAAACGUUGGUGGGUCCAUUUGGAAUUAAAACACUUGAUCCUAGCGAUUGGACAUAUAGAGGCGAUUACGAUAAUAGUAAUGAUUCGAAUGAUGCAAGUGUGGCCAAUGGAUUCAACUAUCAUAAUGGACCGGAAUGGUUAUGGUUGAUGGGCUAUUAUUUGAUGGCUCGUUUGAUAUUCAACAAAGGAGAUGCUAAAAUCUAUGAUUCUGAACGACAAAUAUUGUCCAGACAUUUUGAAUAUUUAUGUCAAACACAAUGGUUUGGAUUGCCUGAACUAACCAAUUCGAAUGGUUCAUAUUGUCAACACAGUUGUACGAUACAGAGUUGGUCACAUGCAACAUUGAUUGAAACUUUGUAUAUGAUGCGAUCAAUCAAUAAAGAAAUGUGACAUGUAAAUUUGAUACAUAAUAUAAUUUGUAUUUGUAUUUAAAGCUUGUUUUUCAAACUUUUAUCACAAAUCAAAAUGAAUGCCGCUCGAAGCAAUAAAAUAAUGAUGUUGGCCUACGA